GACCGACAGUCGGUUCUCCCGGGCGUAGAGGUGAUCUCUCGGUUUCAGACUCCAGACGCUCCGGGCGUUAUGUAGGAGCUAAAUAAUUUCCAAGGCUUCCAACUCUUACAUUCAGACACCAAGGCAACUACGUAUUUCCAACAUCCGUUUUCAGAUUGCAUGAGUAUCCUAGUGGCGAAAGAACACCGAUUUGGGAGUCACAGAGCCUUGGAGAAACAUGAACCAGAAGAUACUGAAAGUGGAGAACUUGCUACGAUUUCACACUAUUUGUCGGCAGCUGCACAGCCUGGGUCAAAGAAAAACAUUAUCACAGUGGAGACAUGUGUUUUCAUCUGCUUGCCCCAUGUGGACGGCUCAGCCUUAUACCCGGCCCUGGCAAACAGAUGCACUCUUUGGGGCUGCUUUAUCUCAAUAUAGGCUUCUAGUAACAAAAAAGGAAGAAAGAUCACGGAAAUCUCAGUUAUCUUCAACAAAAUCUAAAAAGGAAGUGGAGGUAUGGAUUGGAAUGACUGUUGAGGAACUGGCUAGCGCAAUGGAAAAAGAUAUAGAUUAUGUGUAUGAAGCUUUAAUGAAUACUACUAUCAACAUAGAUUCACUAGAAGCUGACUCACACUUAGACGAAGUCUGGAUCAAAGAAGUGAUAAAGAAGGCAGGGAUGAAGUUAAAAUGGAGCAAAUUAAAACAGGACAAAGUCAGAGAAAAUAAAGACGCUGUGAGAAGGCCCCAGGCAGAUCCAGCUUUAUUAACCCCAAGGUCCCCAGUUGUUACUAUAAUGGGCCAUGUUGAUCAUGGGAAAACGACGUUACUUGACAAACUGCGAAAAACUCAAGUGGCAGCAAUGGAAGCUGGAGGCAUCACUCAGCACAUUGGUGCCUUUCUUGUCUCUCUGCCUUCUGGGGAAAAGAUAACCUUUCUUGAUACUCCAGGACAUGCUGCUUUCUCAGCAAUGAGAGCCAGAGGUGCUCAGGUCACUGACAUUGUCAUAUUGGUUGUAGCUGCAGAUGAUGGAGUAAUGAAACAAACUGUAGAAUCUAUUCAGCAUGCCAAGGAUGCUCAAGUGCCCAUUGUCCUUGCCAUAAACAAAUGUGACAAAGCUGAGGCUGAUCCUGAAAAAGUGAAGAAAGAACUGCUGGCUUAUGAUGUGGUGUGUGAGGAUUACGGAGGCGACGUCCAAGCAGUGCAUGUCUCUGCACUUACGGGUGAUAAUCUGAUGGCUUUGGCAGAGGCAACAAUUACUCUUGCAGAAAUGUUAGAAUUGAAAGCAGACCCCACUGGUCUAGUGGAAGGAACAGUAAUAGAAUCUUUCACAGACAAAGGAAGAGGUCCUGUUACUACAGCAAUAAUUCAAAGAGGAACUCUGAGAAAAGGCUCAAUUCUGGUUGCUGGAAAAAGUUGGGCAAAAGUACGCUUAAUGUUUGAUGAAAAUGGAAAAACAAUUAAUGAGGCCUGUCCCAGCAUGCCAGUGGGAAUUAUAGGCUGGAGAGACCUCCCUUCUGCAGGAGAUGAAAUUCUUGAAGUAGAAUCUGAGCCAAGGGCACGUGAAGUUGUUGACUGGAGGAAGUAUGAGCAAGAACAGGAGAAAAAUAAGGAGGAUCUGAAAAUGAUAGAAGAAAAGCGAAAGGAACACCAAGAAGCACAUCGGAAAGCCCGUGAGAAGUAUGGCACUUUGCACUGGAAGGAGAGAUCAUUUAUGAAGUACAAAGAAAAGAAAAAACAAAAACUCUUAAAGCCAAAAGAGAAAGCUGAAAGAGAUUCAAAUGUACUUCCUAUAAUUAUUAAAGGUGAUGUUGAUGGUUCCGUUGAAGCCAUUUUGAACAUUAUGGAUACCUAUGAUGCUUCACAUGAGUGUGAACUAGAAUUAGUACAUUUCGGUGUGGGUGAUAUUAGUGAAAAUGAUGUUAAUCUCGCUGAAACCUUUCAUGGUGUUAUAUAUGGCUUCAAUGUGAAUGCAGGCAAUGUUAUCCAGCAAUCGGCUGCAAAAAAAGGAGUAAAAAUUAAACUUCACAAAAUCAUUUACCGUCUUAUUGAAGAUUUGCAGGGAGAAUUGAGCAGCAGAUUGCCCUGCACUGUGGAAGAGCACGUAAUAGGUGAGGCUUCUAUACUAGCUACCUUCUCUGUAACAGAAGGGAAGAAAAAAGUUCCUGUGGCUGGCUGCAGAGUCCAAAAGGGACAGUUAGAAAAACCAAGAAAAUUUAAAUUAAUCCGUAAUGGACAUGUUAUUUGGAAAGGCUCAUUAACCUCACUGAAACACCAUAAAGAUGACAUUUCAAUCAUCAAAACUGGAAUGGAUUGUGGUCUCAGUUUGGAUGACGAAAAGAUAGAAUUUAUAGUUGGAGAUGAAAUUGUUUGUUAUGAAGAAAAGGAAAUUCUAGCCAAGACCUCCUGGGAUCCAGGAUUUUAAAAUUAAAAAUGUAAAAGAUUAAA